AUGCCGUCGGCAACACUCCCCAAGAAGAGGGUGUUUGGUGAAGCCUCGAGCGCCCGUCGAAACAUUGUCUCCACUCCCGUAUCCUCGAAGAAGCGCCGUCUAGAGGAUCCUCCCUCCUCCCCUGCUGUCCGAUUCAACAGUUCACAGAAUGACGGAAAGGGCAAGCUGGCCUCGAGCCAGCAGAAAAGCACCUUUGAGACCGAGGUGCUCGAGCGCAUGAGCCAAGAUAUCUCGGAUCUCAAGCAGAACAACACAGAGAAGGAUCAGAUUUGGAGUCGUCCACCAAUUCCCGAGGACUACGACCCAGAGAAGGACAGUCUUUGUUUCCAGGCCAUCGAAGCCGAGGAGGGCACACUUGGGGGCGGCCAGGCAACCGUGAAGCUCUUUGGUGUUACCGAGAACGGCAACUCUGUGCUGCUGCAUGUAAAAGGCUUCAAGCACUAUCUAUAUGUCGCUGCCCCUAUCUCCUUUACCCCCGAAGACUGCCCCAAAUUCAAGGCCUACCUGGAGACACAGCUAGCCAUCAGCCACCAAGCCAUCGAUUCUGUCACCCUGACCAUGCGGGAAAACAUUUACGGCUUUCAGGGGAAUGUCCAAAAUCCCUUCAUCAAGGUCACCGUCACCGACCCGAAGCUUAUCAACAAAGUCCGCACGUUGAUCGAGAGCGGCAAUGCCAAUUGGAAGGGCAUGUGGAAGAGCGUGGACGGGUCCAUCAUGACCUAUGACAAUAUUCAGUACCUGCUUCGGUUCAUGGUUGACUGCUCGAUUGCCGGUAUGGCUUGGGUCGAGGCACCGGCUGGCAAAUACAUACCCAUGACCAACACACAGUCCAACUGCCAGUUUGAAGCCGAGAUCAGCUAUAAAGAUUUGAUCUCACACAAGCCCGUUGGCGAGUGGUCCAAGAUGGCGCCCCUGAGGAUCCUCUCUUUCGAUAUCGAAUGCGCCGGCCGGAAAGGCAUCUUCCCCGAGGCCCACACCGACUCCGUCAUUCAAAUCGCGAACGUCGUGACCAAAUACGGAGACAAGAAACCAUUCGUCCGAAACGUCUUCUGUCUGGACACCACGAGCCCAAUUGUGGCCACUCAGGUCAUGUCUUUCGACACGGAGGACCAGAUGCUAUCGGCAUGGAGGAACUUCCUCAUGGAAGUGGACCCCGAUAUCAUCACCGGCUACAACAUUGCCAACUUCGAUUUCCCCUACCUUAUCGACCGGGCCAAACACCUCAAAGUCCGUGAUUUUGACUAUUGGUCCCGUACACGUGUCAGGUCGUACUCAAAAGAGUCCAACUUCUCCAGCAAGCAGAUGGGCAACCGUGACACCAAGGUUACCAACAUCAGCGGACGGCUUCAGCUCGAUCUUCUGCAGCUAAUCCAGCGCGACCACCAGCUUCGAAGCUACACGCUGAAUUCGGUCUCGUCUCAUUUCCUGGGCGAGCAAAAGGAAGACGUCCACCACUCCAUGAUCACGGAACUUUUCGAAGGCACACCAGAAUCGAGGCGCAGGCUGGCGCUGUACUGCCUCAAGGAUGCCUACCUCCCCCAGAGGCUGAUGGAGAAGCUGUCUUGUCUCGAAAACUACACCGAAAUGGCAAGAGUCACGGGUGUGCCCUUCAACUUCCUUCUUGCGCGCGGCCAACAAGUGAAAUUCUUGAGUCAGCUCUGCCGCAAAGCCCUGGAGCAAAAGCUGGUCAUCCCCAACAUGACGACAGAGUCAUCGGAAGAACAAUAUGAAGGCGCCACCGUCAUCGAUCCCAUCAAGAACUACUACGAUGUCCCCAUUGCCACACUGGAUUUUGCCUCCCUGUACCCCAGUAUCAUGCAGGCCCAUAACCUCUGCUACACGACCCUCAUCAAGAAGAAGGAUAUUGAGAGAUGGAACCUGAAGAAGGACGAGGACUACAUCGUGACCCCGAGCGGGGACAUGUUCGUCACCUCCAAGCAGAGGAAAGGCCUGCUCGCUCAGAUUCUGGAGGAGUUGCUUUCCGCCAGAAAACAGGCGAAGAGGGAACUGGCUGCGGAGACAGACCCUUUCAAGAAGGCCGUGUUGAACGGUCGGCAACUGGCCUUGAAGAUCAGCGCCAACUCCGUCUAUGGCCUGACAGGUGCGACGAACGGCAAGCUUCCCUGCUUGGAGAUUGCCAGCAGCACAACUAGCUUUGGCCGUCAGAUGAUUGAAAGGACCAAGCAGGAGGUGGAAAACAGGUAUAAUAUUGCCAACGGCUACUCCCACGACGCCCAGGUCAUCUACGGUGAUACCGAUUCCGUCAUGGUGAAGUUCGGGACCACCGAUUUGGCUGAAGCAAUGAGGCUUGGCGAGGAUGCCUCCCAGUUCGUCUCGAGCAAGUUUGUUAAACCCAUCAAACUGGAGUUCGAAAAGGUCUACUUCCCCUACCUUCUCAUCAACAAGAAGCGCUACGCAGGACUCUAUUGGACGAAGCCGGAGAAGCAUGACAAGAUGGAUACCAAGGGUAUCGAAACCGUCCGUCGUGACAACUGUCUGCUGGUACAGACCGUCAUCGAGAAAGUUUUGAGGAUGAUUCUCAUCGACCGAGAUGUCAUGGGUGCUCAAGAAUACGUCAAGGACACCAUCGCGGACCUUCUGCAAAACAAGAUUGACAUGUCCAAGCUGGUCAUCACCAAAGCCCUGACGAAGGAUGACUACGCGGCAAAACAAGCCCACGUCGAACUAGCCCAGAGGAUGAGGAAACGUGAUCCUGGAUCAGCCCCUGGGCUUGGUGACCGAGUGGCCUACGUCAUGGUCAAGGGCGCGGCAGGCUCAAAGAACUUUGAGCGCUCCGAGGACCCCAUGUACGUGCUCGAGCACAAUGUCCCGAUCGACACCAAGUACUAUUUGGACAACCAGCUGGCUAAGCCGCUGGGUCGCAUCUUUGAGCCCAUCCUCGGUAGCGAGGCCAAGGCCAAGUCACUCCUCUCGGGCGCGCACACGAGAGCCAUCUCGGUCGCCGCGCCGACCGUCGGCGGUCUGAUGAAGUUCGCCAAGAAAACGCAGACCUGCAUGGGUUGCAAGAAGCCGCUCACGGGCAAAGAGGAGAGCCAGGGUGCCGUGUGUGCCGAUGAUGCGCCGCGCGUCGGUGAGCUCUACAAGAAGACGCUAGACAAGGCGUCGGAUCUGGAGGUGAGGUUCAGCCGCCUGUGGACGCAAUGCCAGCGCUGCCAGGGCAGCAUGCACUGCGAGGUCAUCUGCAGCAGCAAGGACUGCCCCAUCUUCUACAUGCGCAUGAAAGCCAAGAAAGAUUUGGAGGAUGCCAAUAAGGAGCUGGGGAGGUUUGAUUUCGAUAAGGCUGCGAUGUGGUAA